CCCAAAUCUAAGCCAAUACUCACGAUUCAAAAUCCCGCUACAAAAUGGCCACCACCCACGUGCUUCUGUCUAUACUCAGCAUCUCCAUUCAUUGGAUGAAUCAUGAAGUCAAUGGCGUCAAAGUAACCUGUCAAAUACGCUAAAUAUGCUCGACUUUAUGUAUGUAUAACUUUGGAACCAGUGGAUUCAGCCUCUUAAAACUUGCAUUUUCAAAUUCUACACAUUAAUGACUACAAGACGAAAUAAAAAAGUUAAUAAUAUUACGUUUCCUAAAACGAAGUUCAGUCCUAAAAGAGAUUUUAAAGUAGUUUUAUAUUAUAGAAAUUUAUAUAUAAAUAAUUGUAAUUGAAUUCAUACCAAUUAUAUGACUGAAACAUUGACAUUAUAAUGCAAUUGUAAUACAUAAAUUAAAACAUUUACAUUCUUUACAAUUAAUAUUGUAAAAGAAUUAUAGUAUUACAAAGAACCUGAAAAAUAUUUUAAUAAAUUGCUAUAUUGUAUAAAAAUGUUGUGACUGUUUAAAUAUAAGUAAAAAUAUGAGCACACAAAGAGGAAAUACUAACCGAUCAAGACCACAAAAGUAUCAGAAUCAAACUGUUUUCAAAAACGAUUUACAUGACAAAUCAAAUAAAACAAAAUAUAUUAAUAGCAUUCAAGUUGAACAUGUAUGUGAAAGAUGUAAACAGAUAAUUGAAUGGAAAAUUAAAUACAAAAAAUAUAAACCAUUAAAAGCAGCUGCAAAAUGUAUCAAAUGCGAACAGAAAACAAUAAAACAUGCUUACCACAACAUCUGUAUACCUUGUGCUAUACAAUGUAAAGUUUGUCCAAAAUGUGGCAAUAAAAGUAACAUUGUUAAAGAAGAACCUGGUAUAGAAGAAACUAAUAAAUUAGAUAUAGAAUUACAGAAUCUGCUCAAAGGAUUGUCUGAAAGAAAACGUAGAACAUUCAUACGUUACAUGAAUAAAAAUGCUACAAGUAAUAAGAAUAAAUGUAUCAAGGAAAACAAGGAAGAAGCUACAAAUGAAGAUAAAGAACCAAAAGAUAAUUGUAUCAAAAAAGAAAUAUUAUCCAAAGAAAAUUUGUUAUUAAAAUUAAAAUCAUUAAUGAUUAAAGAUGAUGAUAAUGACUUGGAUAUUGAUAAUGAUACUGAUUCAGAUUCGUCUAUGUAGAAAAGUAAAAUGUAGUUUUUAGUAUAUCAAAAAAAAAAGGAAGUAAUGAAUUCAAUAAUAAUUAUCAUAAAAAUGCGCUAUAUAUUUGCAACUGAUAUUAAAUUUUGACAUUUUAAACAA